AUGAUCUGGAGAUUUAAUCCUCCCCAUGCAUCUCACUUCGGCGGAGUAUGGGAGAGAAUGAUAGGAAUAGCCCGACGCAUUCUCGACGCGAUGCUUCUUGACGUCAAACAUGGACAGCUGAUAGAUGAAGUGCUAGCGACUUUCAUGGCCGAGGUUGCUGCUAUAAUGAAUUCUAGACCUUUGGUUGCUGUUUCUUCGGAUUGCGAGAUGUCUCAUUUGCUGUCGCCAGGAAAGUUACUUACUCAGAAAACCAGUGACGACAUAAUCGUCCCGCAGGACUUAAGUAUCAAGGAUAUGUACCGCUCGCAGUGGCGAAUGGUCCAGGUCAUGGCGAACACGUUUUGGAAACGCUGGAAAUCGGAAUUUCUGUUUGCUCGACAAGCUCGUUCUAAGUGGAACUUAGAGACUGUUAAUCAUAAAGUGGGUGGUGUUGUGUUUCUCCGGGACAAGGAAUGUCCCCGUCUUUCGUGGCCGACUGGUCUUGUUACCAAAAUCUUUCCGAGUGAUGACGGACUAGUGCUUAAACUAGGGAUCCGGGUUGUGAAAGACGGAAAACCUAGUGUUUUCAUUCGACCCAUUUCGGAAGUGAUUCCGCCGCUUGAUUCCUGUGAAUAA